GAGGCGGAGGAGGAGAGCGGUGCUCCGGCGGAGGAGAGGACCAGACAGGGAGCGAGGCGAGGAACCCGGCCAGCCCACCUCCCCCGCCCCCGCAGAGAGCUAGUGUCGGACCCGCUGGACUCCCCACCGCCCCCUAACCCCCGGAGGAGGACCCGAGAGAGAGAGCGAGAGAGAGAGAGAGAGAGGGAACCGCGUUGCCACGGGAGAGGCCUCUGUGCAGGCAUGUUUGCGUCGGUGAAGGCCUUCGAGGGGCAGCAGUACUCCACCAUGAAGAGGCAGUGCCUGCAGAGUGGCCUGCUCUUCGAGGACCCCUGCUUCCCCGCCGUCGACGACUCGCUCUUCUACCUGGGCAACAGGAUCGGACGCGUGGUGUGGAAAAGACCGCGAGAGCUGUGCGAGGAUCCUCACCUGUUUGUGGACGGCAUCAGCGCUCACGACCUCCACCAGGGGCAGCUAGGCAAUUGCUGGUUUGUGGCGGCCUGCUCCAGUUUAGCCUCCAGAGAGUCACUAUGGCAAAAGGUGAUUCCCGACUGGAAGGAGCAGGAGUGGGACACGGAGAAGCCCGACUCGUACGGCGGCAUUUUCCACUUCCGGUUCUGGCGCUUCGGCGAGUGGGUGGAUGUGGUGAUCGACGACCGACUGCCCACCGUCGAAAACCAGCUGGUCUACUGUCAUUCCAACGACAGCAACGAGUUCUGGAGCGCCUUGGUGGAGAAGGCAUACGCCAAGGUUUACGGCUGCUACGAGGCUCUGGACGGCGGCAACACGGCGGACGCACUGGUGGACUUCACGGGGGGGGUCUCGGAGCCCGUGGACCUGCUGGAGGCCCAAAUGGCAAUGGACGAGGCGGCCCGCAAUCAGUUGUUUGAACGAGUCCUCAAAGUGCACAACCGAGAUGGCCUUAUUAGCUGCUCCAUUAGGGCAACCACGGUGGAGGACAUGGAGGCGCGGCUGGACUGCGGCCUCGUCAAAGGCCACGCCUACGCUGUGACCGACGUCCGCAAAGUGCGCCUGGGCCACGGGCUGCUGGCGUAUUUCAAGUCGGAGAAGCUCCAUAUGAUUCGCAUGAGGAACCCGUGGGGAGAGAAGGAGUGGAGCGGCCCGUGGAGUGACAGUUCGAAGGAGUGGAACAAGGUGAGCAAGAGCGAAAGGGAGAAACUCGGCGUCACCGUGCAGGACGACGGCGAGUUCUGGAUGACCUUUGACGACUUCUGCCAGUACUUCACCGACCUCAUCCUGUGCCGCCUCAUCAACACGUCGUACCUGAGCAUCCACAAGACGUGGGAGGAGGAGGUGAUGCGGGGUUCCUGGCUCCACCGCCAGGACCCCCUGCGUAACCGCUCGGGCGGCUGCAUCAAUCACAAGGCCACCUUCCUCCAGAACCCUCAGUACGUGUUUGACGUGAAGAAGGUGGAGGACGAGGUGUUGAUCUGCUUGCAGCAGAAGGAGAAGAGAGCCACGCCCAAAGAAGGCAAGGGGGAGAACCUCGCCAUCGGCUUUGAUAUCCACCAGGUGGAGCUGAACCGCAAGUACCGCAUGCACUCGAGCCAGCAGAAGGUGGCCGGCUCCAUCUACAUCAACUCGCGCUGCGUCUUUCUCAGGAAGGAGCUGAAGGAGGGCCGCUAUGUCAUCAUCCCCACCACCUUUGACCCGGGCCAGCGGGGAGACUUUCUGCUCCGCGUCUUCACCGACGUGCCUUCGGACUGCAAAGAGCUGAGUCUGGACGAGCCUCCUCAAACGUGCUGGACGGGCAUGUGCGGCUACCCGCAGCUGGUCACUCAGGUCCACGUUCUCAACGCCGAGGGUCUGCAGGGACAGGAUUCCAACGGAGCCCUGGACCCGUACGUGAUCAUCACCUGCGAAGGCGAAAGGGUCCGCUCGCCGGUUCACAAGGACACCCGCUGCCCCAAUUUUGAUGUCAAGGCUCUGUUCUACCGCAAGAAGCCCAAAGAGGGAGUCCACAUCGAGAUCUACAACAAGAACAUGAUCGUGGACACCUUCCUGGGUCAGGUGGUGAUGUUGAGCGAUCCCAACGAGCGUCAGGAGCAGCACACGCUGCACCUCCGCGACAAAGGCAGUCGGCAGGACAGCGACUUGCCCGGCACGCUCACCGUGCGCCUCAUCACCUCCACCACACUCACCAACAUCUGACCGCCCCCCCCUUCACAAAUGUCAUAUUUAUUCCGACUUUUUUGGCCAGUUCGUUCCCUCCUUAUUUCUUUCACACACCCCGCCCCCGCAAGGGUUUUUUCUUUUCUUGUUUCCCUCUGCAUUUUUUAUGUCUUUUUUCCUGCCAAUUUCUUCAACCUUGACACUAACAUUUGAAUGGCCUUUAUUUCCCUAAAGAUCUUUCUUCAGUGUCAUUGCCCGUGUUUUGUCGCUGGGAAAAGGCCAGCGAGGAGCACUUUGUCUCCCCUUUCUGUUGUUUUGCUUUUGAUGGAUGGAUUUUGGUGUGAAGUGAACCCCGCACGAGAUGCAAGCGUGA